GAGGCGCCAUACGAGGCGUGGCUGUCCGAGGAAUAUCUUGCAGAACGAUGGCGCGCUUGGUUUGUGACGUGCAGUGGGUGCCCGGGCAUUGUACCGAACCAGAAUCCUAUCAAGGCGUACCACAAGACGAUCAAAACCGCGAAUGUCCUAUCUCUACGAGCCUCUACCGCCUAUGUCAUCAACCAAUCUUUACCCAGAAUCCUGUCAAGCGCAUCAGCCAACAGCAUCGUCGGUCUUCCAAUCACCACUUUCUGCACUGGGCCCAUCCCACCCGAAAUGGUGGCGGCGGCACAACUGCUGAGCCAAAGAGAAAAUCACCGCGUCGUGUUCAAGCCUCGGACGCAGCGCAGAGAGAAGGAAGCGGUUGUGUUCAACGCAAAGGCGUACGUCGUAGGAAACACGAAUCUCAACGGCCCAAUUGCCCAAGUGAGCACCAUUUCGAUCGACUAUUUGUCGCUCCACAAGGUUGCCGUCCUGGAAACUACGCCGUAUCAACACAACUGGGAGUCACCAAACUGGUCCAUGGAAGAGAUCCGUGCAGUUCGUAACAGAUACCGAUGCGAUUGCAAAGCACACUACUCGUCUGGUUGGAUCUGUAGCCAUGUGCUGGGCGCAUUAGCGAUUCUGGAAAAUUUCGACUUAGGCCGCAUGCUUAAGAGCCUGCCAGCUCGACGACCACCCGGCAGACCACACAAAAGUCCACGCGCCCUACAGAAGGAUGGUGAGGCGUAUUUUUCGGCAGUGCGUCUUCAGCGAGAGCUGCCGAAGCGCCCCGCGAUGGUUCUGAACUGGCAGUGCAGCGUGGAGUUCAAGGAAACUGUCGACGGUGUGGUGUCCUACGAAAACUACAAAGGUAAGGUGCGCUCCUGA